AUGACUACAAUCUCAAGCGAUGACCUGGCGGAAUUGCCCACACCUGAAAUGAUCACGUUGCUCUUUAAAUGCCACAAAUCCACUACACUUCUGUCUGUCCUGCCGACAACACCUUUUCCGGAAGUCAAGGCCCUCCUACUGGGAGCGCUCCGGUCACGACAGAUCGAGACCAUUCCAAAUUCGUCAAUACCACUUCCAGAGAGUCCCGAAAAGAUUGAGUUUGGUGUCCUCGCCGACAAGAAGGAUGCGAGCAAGGGCUGGGUACCACUGGAGAUCAAAGAGCAGGAAGUUACGGGCAUCAAGGGCAUAAAGAAGAAGGUCGGAGGGAAAAACAGUAUUCUGAACGAGAGCCCUUUGGGUGCAGGUCUCACCGACGGUUCCUGGGUCGCAUAUCGAAUGAAACCAGCGCAGAAGGAGAUGCAGGACGAAGAAAUGAAGGACGACGCAGGCACUCCAGAUAUUGACAUCGAAGAAGAUCCAGGCUGGGAUGUGAUCAUCCCAAGUUUCGAGGACGAAGCUGAGUGA